UUACCUGACGUCACUUACCGAAUGUGGUGAAGCGCGAAUUUCAAGUAAUUAACUCGAAAUGUGUGACAGCUGGCGGAAUUAAUAGCUGAUUUUGAUGUCUGCUGAACUGUGAAAUUGAUACAAACGUAAAAUUUUAGCCUUCGGAACGGUAUCUGAAAUGUGUGGUUAACACUGGACUUUCUUUUGUCAAACUCCUUGGCAAUGUAGCGAACUACCAGUCAAAGUUUGUUGUCACAUUCGCCGCCUGAACUCCGUAGUUUAAUACAAGGCGGACAAGUUGCUUGGCUCCGCGGCUGUCACUUGUUGGGAUAUCAGAAAGCUGGAUUUAUACUACAAAAUGAGCAUGCUCAACUCUUGGACGCCCCUCUGGAACAAGAGGGAAACUCUCAACAAAAUCUGGUUAUCAGUGCACUGGAAGAAAAAGGUCACCAAGGCCCAUGUCAUCGACUGCAAUUUGGAUAAAGCGAUAGAAGAUAUCAUAGCUUCUCCACAGAUGAUUGGUCUGCGAGUCUCUGGCUCUCUGCUCCUUGGCGUUGCGCAGAUCUUUUCCAGAAAAGCAAACUAUCUCCUUACAGACUGCAGUCACGCCUUGGAGACGCUCAAACUAUCAUUUCGGCCAGAUGCUCCAAAUGUGAACAUUGAUUUAUUUGAUGAAGGGCUUGAGUCCACAAAAGAAAUCCCUUUGGGUGAAGAUUUUACUCUCUUUCCUCACUCAAGUGACAUCAACAUGCCUGUAGAAAACUACUCGCAACACCAAAGUUUUCCACAUGAAAUCACCAUGAAUGAGUUUUCAGGUGACCCUUUGCAGAAACAGACAGCAUUACACGUGCAAUACGAAAUGUCACAGUGCCACCAAGUUGGCCAGGUGGACAUCGGUUUGGAGCUUCUGGGUCAACCGCAGGAUUCAUUUGGCGACGAGGGCGCCGGGUUGGAUGGUUGUCUUGACUUUCUGAUGAACAGUAGCACUCAUCCCGACUUCACUAACUUUAGCCCAAUGGAAAUUCCAAGCGAGAUCCCAGAAGACUCUUCAAUCAACAACCAACAUGAUGUAAAUGGAAGAGAUCCUACAGAGGAAGAGUCCCUGGAUCAGUUCAAUCCUGAGCAGCCAACCUUUUUCCUUCCGCCUGUGCCUUACACUUCGAGGGGAAGGACAAAGCGAAAGUUGAUCGUGGACCAAAUGACAACUCUGAGUGACAAAUUCAUGCAGAAGAUGCUCGACGACGACUCUGAUCUGCUCGUCCCCCUAACGAUGGCUCCCCCCUGGCAGCUCAUGUACUGGGAAGAAAACGGAAUCGCGGCCAAACUGCUGACGGGGCUGUGCUCUGAUUUCGCGGGAGGGAUUGUGGAGGCUUUUCCAGAGCAUGUGUUCCAAGUGGCAUAUGACGACACGUUGACCACGCAACAAGAAGAGGACUGUGAAGUUUUCAGGAACUCGAGUCCACUCAACACAGAUAGCCUGAAGGAUCCCCACACAGAGCACGAGCUCAUGGACGUUCUUUCUUCCAGUGGCCACCAAAGUGACACGGAGAUCACACCCGAUGAACACGUACUGGACCGGAGUUAUCCAGAGCUUCCGUCAGAGGACUCCAUGUUUGUCCAUCAGUCUCACAAGAAGCAGCAAAGCCAGUCUUUGCUGGAGAGCCAAAACCUUCAGGGGCAGAAAAUCGUCAACAAACAGGCACACAGGCUCCUGAAAUUCCUACAGUGUUCCGGCAACACCUCGUUCUCCCUGCGUGAGCUCUGCUCAGGACACAACCGCUUGCAGUCGGCCAGAACGUUCCUUUGCCUCCUUUUCCUGCAGAAGGAACGGGCCGUCGUCCUGCACCAGAGUGACCCGUACCUGGACAUCAGCUUCACCGCUGGUCCUGAAUUCUUCACGCGCGAUCAUAAGUCAAAGGAAGUAUAAGCCCAUAAAUAUUAGCACGUUGUCAAAGGCGUUCCUGGACGGGUUGCACUUUUGAUUCUGGAGGAAGAAUCCUUAAAUAAUACGUGUGUGUGUGUGUGUGUAUGUAUAUGUAUAUAUAUAUAAU